AUGACAUUAAACUUUGAACUUGGAGAUUCAGGUAUAUCACAUUUUGCUGUAUAUUUUUAAUGUUUUGAUAUUUUCAGAACUCGAAAACUGGAAAAAUGAGAUAUUCAUGGCUGAUUCUUCUGAUGAGAUAAUACAACUUUGGAGAGACGCAGAGAAGCUUGGAAUUCCAAUUGCUGUCAGAAAUGUAAGAUUUUAUUUGGACCUGGUUUUGAGGGAACUUUUUUUUCAAAAUCAAAUUUUUGGAACUUGAUAAAUUUCUUAAUCAAAAUUUUCAAAAAUUCAAAUUGCAGAACAUGUUUCUACAAACGGUGUUCUUCAACUUUUGCACAUCUGAUUGUGACCAUAUGAUUGAUUUUUUGUGAGUUUUUUUUUCCAAUUUCUAAAAAUUUUUCUCAACACUUCAAAAUAAGUUUUACAGAAUCAUUGAAUAUGAGAAAAAUGGAUCGAGGGACACACUUUUCUCCGAAUUUUCUUCCUACAUCAGUGAAAUUCUGUUCAACGAAAAUAGCAAAAAAAUUAUAAACGAGUAUAAAGGUAAAAUAAUAUUUUUUGAAUCUUUCAUCUCUGUUUUCUUACAGAUCAAAUUUGGAGUUCAAAGUAUUACAACGAAAUCAAAAAUUCAUUUUCAAAUCGAUUAUCUGAGAACAGAAUUGAUGUUUGGUGUACUUCUUUGAUUUUGUUUGAAGAUUUAAUUCUUGAAAAUGUUCAAAUAAUUGUGAGUUUCAUAAUGUUUGUUUUUUGUUUGAAAAUUCAAUAACUUUUCAGAACACUAUCAUGUCGCAAAUAAAAAUUUUGAAUCCUCUUCCUGGUUGUAUUGAAUACAUAUUGUUAUAUUUGGCUGAAAAUGAGAAACACAUUUUUGAAUCUGAUGAAAGUAUUGUUGUGGUUGAGAUAUAUCUGAUGAGCAAAUAUAAAAAUAUCAAAAGGAAAAUGUUGAAUCGAAAAAAUCCGGAAAAAUAUUCGGCACGGAAGUUUUUUCAAAAGAGUAAAGUGUUAUUGAGAACAUGUUUUCCAACGGCAAGUUUCAAGUAAGUUGGGAGAAGUUACAUUAAUUUUGAAACAGUAAUACUUUCAAAAGAGACCAUUUCCAAAUCGUUAAGCAACAUUAAUUUUUUCAGAGAUCUCUGUGGAGUUGGAGAUGUUGCCAGAAUAUUUCUCGACAAAUGGAUUCUAAGCUUCGCAAAUCUCUCCAUGCUUGGUUUGUUGAAUCGCAGAUUCAAAUGGCGAUGCAAAAAUGAAUCAAAUCUUGUGAAACCUUCAAACUCAAGUUUUAUCGAUGGAAAAGAAGCUCUCAAGUUCAUACCGUUUAUCAAUAAUGAGUUUUGGAUAGUUCAAAAUGGCACGAAACGAACUCUUCUAACCAAAUAUUUUACAACUGUUUUGGAAAUGAUUUAUUGUUUAUUUUCGAAAAUGAGAUUCAAUGGGAAUAAUAUUCUUCGAUUGUUUGGUAUGGUUUUAUUUUGAUGAAAACAAUAAGAGAACUUUUAUCGUUUUAGGAAAACAUGAAUUCCUUCAAUAUUAUGCAAUUGCACUGGUUCAUCUCAACAAAACGAAAGAUUUCAAUAAAUUAUAUGAUUACUGUGAGAAACAUCAUCAAAAUAGGGGAUGGUUUCUAAUUAUCAAAACGUGUGCACUGGUUAUGGCUAAAAAUAGUAGAGAUUCAGGAAAAACACAACAAAUUGGGUCAGAAAUUCAAAAAAUGCUACGUUACGACAAUAAAGAUAUUUGCAAACAUGUGAGUUUUUAUAAAAUAAACUCAAAUUGAACCUAAUAUAACUGUUAUUUCAGCUCCAAAAACGCCCUCGUUUUCACAAUGAUCGAUUAUUCAUCAACCUUGUAAAUAAUACGGUAGAACAAUCAAAGAAACGUAUAGAUUAAUUAUUAAAUUGCUUUUUUUUGUUUAAAUAUGAAAUGAAAUGAAAUUAUUUAUCUUACAUGGGAUUUCAGGUUAUGAAUUUCAGGCUGUAAACGAGAUAUAGACUUCUUUGCUUCACUGUCCAAUAAAUUACCUGUUGAAAAAUUGGAAACGAAUCCCAAUUUUUCGAAAAAAAAACUAUACAGGGUAGCCCAUAAGUAUACGACUCCGCGUUUUGAGAUGUUACUGACUAUUGGGUGUAAUAUUUCCGUCAAGAUGUGUUUUCUUUAAUUAUUAGACACCUAAUAAGCAUGUUUUAAUAUAAAUUCAAUUUAUGUUUCACUUGGUUCCAGAAUGUGGUUCCGAUUUGAGAAACAAAAAUUGAGGCGCCGCGCCGCACGAGUCAGAGAGGUUCUGUGUAUUAUAAAAGGGCUCAGAGUGUGCCAAUAACUAUUAGUAUUUUUGUUUAGAAAUCUCAAAUAGUCCAUUUCAAUAUUCUAGAGCACAAUUUAUGAAGGUCUAUCAUUUUGAACUAUCCGCGAGCCUUCGAACUCAAAACUGAAAAAAUUACUUUUUCACCAAUUUUUUGAAAAAAUUAAUUGUAUUUAAAAUCUCAUACUUUUGUGUUAACUAUAUUCGAACUAUGUUAAUUACAAUAUAUAUAAUCAAUUUGAUUAGGAGCUUUACCAAGGUUAAAAAUGUUGUUUUUUAUUUAUUCCCAAUUCCCGUUUAUUUUGGUAAAACAGCAAACACGCUCUAACGCACACUUUGGUUCGCUCGCUCACGAAAAGAAAAAAAAAGGGAGCGCUCGUUUGGCAUUCGUUUAUUUUGUUGUUUCUCUACUAGUUGGUGUGUCUUAUUUUUAGUUUAUCUUUAUCGUUUUUUUUCAAAUUUAAAAUAUGUUUUAUUGCAGGUAAUAAUGUCAUCAAAAGCAAUCAGCGAAUUGUCCGGAAAGGAAAUUUUGUACAAAUACUUUGAAGGAACCGGACUCGUCAACUCGCCUUAUGCUUUUCAUGUCAAAGCUGGUGAUGACUUCAAUCAAGUUGCUGGAAGUUAUGAGUGGUUAACCAAGGCAGAAGUGAGUUUUCUUACAUCUAUCAAAAGCUUAAUUACACCUCUAAUAAUAUCAUUAUUUUCAGAAAGGAAUCAUCAAGUUAGAUCAAUUGAUCAAACGCUGUAAAGGAUGGGGUUUGUCUAAAAUUGGAUCACCGGAAGAAUUGUGCAAUUGGUUCGAAAGGAAUGUCAACAGACAUUUACAAAUGAGCAACUCAAUUGGAUUUCUUCACACAUUCAUUGUCGAACCAUUCUGUGAGCACCAAGAAUUCGAUAAGAUGUAUAUUGCGAUCACCAGCAACAAAGAAGAGGAUACACUCAUGUUCUUCAAGCGUAGUGGUAGUGAUAUUGGAAAUGUUGAGAGCAAAGCCAGAUUCCUCAAAAUCGCGGUUGAAGUUGACAAUAAUGCGAUGUCUCCAACUGAUGAACAAUUGGACACACUUGUUGGAGUCGAGCUCCCAAAUUUCGAAGUUGUCAAGAAGUUUGUCGAUGUAUUGUACCGGGCUUAUAAAGAGCUUCACUUCACAUACUUGGAAAUCAAUCCAUUUGGUAAGAAUGUUCGAUCUGCAUUUUCAUAGCUUUCCUAAUCAAUAAUCAAAUAAUAAAAUUUCAGUGUACGUCAACAAUCAAAUCCACAUCCUCGAUCUUGCUGCAAAAUUGGACGAGACAGCCAACUUCAUCUGCUCGGAUAAAUGGAGAAGUCGCCACACUCCGAUGUCUGCACCAAUUCCACUCCGUUUCCCAGCUCCAUUUGGUCGCGUUUUGACAGAAGAAGAGCGACUUGUCGCUGAUUUCGAUGACAGUACUGGAACCCCAUUGACGAUUCUAAACAGAAACAGUUAUGUUCACACACUCUGUAAUAAGGAUGUUGAAGUGAUUGCGUUUAAGUAAGGAGUUUUUUAAACUUACAUUCAUACCUUCAAAUCGCCUGCCGCUCGCGUAGAUCGUCUUUCCACCCGAAUCGUUAUUUUUUCAGAGAUGCCUUUUAUGCCAUGGGAAGAGAGUGUCUGUUGGCAUCAUCGGGUGAAUAUUCCGAUGAUUCGUCGGUGUUACAAGUCUACAAUCUUGCCAAUAAAAUCCUAUCCAUCAUGACCGCAGGAAAACCAAAAAGAGAUGGAAAAGUGUUUGUCGUCGGUGGAUCAAUUUCCAAUUUCAGUAAUGGUGGACAAAAUUUUGAAGUGAGUUUUGUCAGAAAAUAUCAAUUGAAUCUUGAUAAUAAUAAUUUUUCAGGGAAUCUCCAAGGCUAUUCAACAAUACAUCCCCAAACUCAAGGAACACAAGGUCAAGGUUUAUGUUCGACGUGGUGGUCCAAAUUAUCAAGAAGGAUUGCGUUGUCUGAAGGAUGCUGCCGCCAAGCUCAAUUUUCCAGUCCGUGUUUUUGGACCAGAAACAGAUCUGACUGCAAUUUCCGGAGAAUUAUUGAUGGGAAUAAACAUGGCUGAACGUCAACCAGCUUUACCAGAACCAACAUCGACUGAAGUGGAACCUUUAGAUCAAAGUACUUUCCGCGGAUUGUUAGAGAAUGGUACGAAGGCAAUUAUCUGGGGACAUGAAGAAGAAACUAUCCAGGUAUGAAUUUCCAACAAGAUUUCUGUAUCAGAAAUGAAUAAAUAAUAUUUUCAGGGUAUGCUUGAAUACGAUUUAUUCUGCCGUAGAGAUACACCAUCAGUUGUUGCCUCAACAUAUCCAUUCACUGGAGACAACACACAAAAAUACAACUUUGGACAGAAGGAAGUUCUCAUCCCCGCUUACAAAUCAAUGGCCAAAGCGUGUGCUACUCAUCCAGAAGCAACAGUUUUGGGUCUUUUUGCCUCGAAAAAACACGCCUAUGAAGUUGCCAUGGAAGCAUUGGAAUUCCCUCAACUCAAAGUCAUUGUCAUCAUUGCUGAAGGUGUCCCAGAGAAUCAAACCAGGAAAUUGUUGAAGGUUGCCGCUGAACGUGGUGUCACAUUGAUUGGUCCAGCAACAACCGGAGCCAUAAAACCAGGUUGCAUCAGGAUUGGUAACAGUGGAGAUUCAUAUUACAAUACUUUCGCAUACAAACUCAGCCGUCCUGGAAGUGUCGCCUAUGUUUCCAGAUCUGGUGGAAUGUGCCGCGUAUUGAACAACAUCAUCUCACAAAACUCCGAUGGUGUUUACGAGGGAAUUGCGAUUGGCGGUGAUAGAUAUUCAGGAAGCACCUAUGUUGAACAUAUUGCAAGAUAUCAAGCUGAUGAUCGGGUCAAAAUGAUUGUAUUGCUCGGUGAAGUUGGAGGCACAGAAGAAUAUAAGAUUGUCGAUAUGCUCAACAGAGGAGAGAUCACCAAACCAUUAGUUGCUUGGUGCAUCGGAAUCAGUCAAGACAAGUUUUGUGACUUCACUCAAAGUGCUUCUUGCAAAAACGCCGCAUUGCAUGGUGCUGGAGCUAUCGUUCCUUCAUCAUUUGAAGAACUUGGCAACAAUAUUAGCGAAACUUAUGAAUGCUUAGUUGCCCAUGGAACCAUUGUGCCAUCAUGUGUCUUUUCGCCACCUUUGUUCCCCAAAAAUUGUAUUUGGGAAAGAGAGCUGGGCCUUAUUCGCAAAAAGGCAUCCACAAGUUCAUUUGCUGAUGAUCUUGGAGGAACAUUAUACUUCAUUGGUGUUGAUUGUUUCAAGAUGGUCAACAUUGGUGAUUUUAUUGGAUCAACUUGGUUUGAGGUAAAUCAAUAUUUGUGAAAAUCAAAAAUCAAAUAUUUGUGCAUUUCAGAAAUCAUUACCAGCUUAUGCAAAUUCAUUUUUGGAAAAGGUUGUUCUGUUAUCAAUCAUUGCCGCACGUGAUGAUCGCGACACAUACGUGUUUGCUCGCCGCGAUAUAUGUCGCUUCGGUGGAGAUAUCGAUGGUGCUGCUCGCCAAUUUUCCAACGCGAUGGACAAUGGCUGGUCUCCAAUGCAGUUUGUAAACGAGAUGGAAGUCCAAAACAAGGAUAUCAUGGGAAUUGGACAUCGCCGCAGGAAUGUACGUUUUUUUUCCAAAAAAAUCUGCAUGGUUUUCAUUCUUUUCGUAUUCUACAUUGUAUUUUUUGCUUCGAAACAUUUUUCACGACAUUUUUUUUUUGAAAAUUAAAAGACCCGUUAAAAUCUACUCCCCAUCUUGUAUAAUUAUUUUUUCAGAUCAACAUGUCUCGAAAGAAUGUAGAAAUCCUCAAAAAAAUUGCCUUGAAUCGAUCGAAAUUCACACAAGAAACUCCACUUCUCGAAUUCGCACUGGAAGUCGAAAAAAUCACAACUGCCAAGAAGUCAAAUCUCAGCCUCAAUGUUGAUGGUAUUAUUGGUGUCAUUCUUGUCGACAUUCUUCGCCAAAGCAAAUUGUUCACACCAGCCGAAGCUCAACAAAUCAUUGAAAGCGACACUCUGAAUAGUCUUUUGGUUAUUGGCCGACGCAUAUGUGUGAUCAAACAUUAUUUAGAAUAA